UAAAAAAAAAAAAAACUCAAACUCGAUCAAUGUCUGGUUUCUCUGACUUAAGCUGAAAGCCGUAGCAGUUUCUACAAAUUUUUUCCUGUUUGUUUAAUGAAAUUUGGAAGCCUUCCGAUUAUUGAGGUCGAACCCGAUAUCCCAUAAAAGAAAUGGCUACACCAUUUUUGGCUGGACUUGCAGUUGCUACAGCAGCUCUUGCCGGUAGAUAUGGAAUCCAGGCUUGGCAAGCACUUAAGACGAGACCACCAAAACCUAGAAUACGAAAAUUUUACGAUGGUGGUUUCCAACCUAUGAUGACUAGAAGAGAAGCCGCAUUGAUCCUUGGUGUUCGGGAGAAUGCGACACCGGACAAGGUGAAGGAAGCGCAUAGGAAAGUAAUGGUUGCGAACCAUCCCGAUGCAGGUGGUAGCCAUUACCUUGCCUCGAAAGUCAACGAAGCUAAAGAUGUGAUGCUUGGGAAGACAAAGGGCAGUGGAUCUGCAUUUUAAAUCCUAACUGGCUUUUGAUUAAACUGCGCUUUGAGUUUCAAUAAUCUGCAAGAAUACCCUGUUCGCCCCCCUUCAAAACUUUCGUUUUUUUGGACAAUUUAUACUUGCCAAAGCUUUCGCAGAUCUGUUGUCUUGCCUGCCUAGCUGAAUUUAGUUCGUAUGGGAAUUGUUUUUAAGAAAUUCUUUGGUUAAUCUUCAUCAAGUGUUUACGAUUUUUUAUUAAUUUUGGUUGAAUGGGAUCUGAAUUCGUCGGGGUUUCAAUAAAUUAUAUGGUUAA